AUCCCACGCGACUCAUAAAAUAUUAAAUUAAUCCCUACCUUCGUCUUCUCCGUCUCGUCAAAACCCUAGCUUGAUGCCAUCACCGACUCCCAAAUCCCCAAUCGCUGAUCGAAGAUAGCGAUUGAAGAACUGAACUCGAUCCCUCGCUCAUAAGCUAGCGAGAUGAAGAAAUCUAAAGCGGCGAAAGCUAAUCAUCAGCAGCAGAACGGCCACGAUCUCCCCUUCAAGUUCGCGAAAUUGCUUGAUCCGGAUGUUCUGUGGGAGAAGGAUCAAUUGUGCGAUGUCUUGCACUGGAUCCGGCAAGCGUUGGGCCUCGUGUUCGGAUUGAUGUAUGGUGCGGUUCCUGUAGUUGGCGCCAUCUGGAUUGUUCUGUUUUUGGUGUUAUCUUCCGGGAUAAUCUAUGGGUACUACGCAUAUGUGCUGAAGAUCGAUGAAGAAGAAUUUGGAGGCCAUGGAGCAUUGAUUCAAGAAGGGCUUUUUGCUUCUUUCAGCCUUUUUCUGCUUGCCUGGAUAUUGGUAUACAGCCUAGCACAUUUCUAAAGAGGUUCCGUAGAUUCUGAAGUGCCCCAUCCUUUCCAUUUUGUAACCCCAUUGUAUUCUGCGUCGAGAAAGGAGAUGUAUAAUAAUGAGGGGGGAACUUUUAGAGUGCAUUACAAGAUUGUGGAACUGUUGGGCUUAGUUUGAGCUCUCGCGUUAAGAGCUCGUUUUUAUUAUGAGAGAGGGUCUCCUGAGUUUUUGAGUCUCAACUCUAAACUGAAUAGCAUGCGCAAGUAUAGCUUGAUUGAAUAUUUAUUCAGCACAUUUGUUUAAAGUUAUAUGAAAUUAAUAAAGGCACACUUGAGGGGAGUCGUUGAAAAAUUA